AUGUUUCAAUCAUUUCUUCACAAAAAUUUUCUUCUUUCCUUCAUAAUUUUGUCAUUUUUGAUAAUUUAUGUGAAUGGAGGAAAUGGAGAUGGAUCUUCUAAGCAACGUGAAACAAGUCCUAAAGAAGAGGGAAAAGCUGAAAAGGAAAAAAGUUCAAGUCCCCCAAAAUCUGGAACAAAAAGAAAAAUUGGUUGGGAUACCAUGUUUAAAGGUUUGGGCAAAAAUAAAGGUGCGAGUUCAGUAUUCGGUGAAAUUACAAACGUGCAACUAAAAAAUGUAUGGAGGGAUGCUGCGAAACGAUCACUUGUACAGGUAUUAAAAAAUUUUUAUUGUAAUGGCUACCUAGAGCGGGUCUUUAAUUCAUGGUCUGAUAUGGACAAAACAUUGUCAUUGAUUCAGCUCGAUGUCUGA